AUGUUUUAUCACCUAUUCACUAUUGGAUAUUUGAUAGCAAAUGUAAAAUCUUUUCCUGUAUCAGCCUCAACUCCAAUUGAUCGAUUUGCGAAAGAUUUUCUUUUCCAAUUUGGAUAUUAUGAGAAUCAUUUGGGAUAUGGAGAAGAUGUGAAAAAUAAUGAAGAAAUGACGAGAAAAGCAAUUAGGCGAUUUCAAAAGAAUUUUAAUCUUCCGUUGACUGGUUUACUUGAUGAGAUAACAAGAAAAGAAAUGAAAAAACCGAGAUGUGGAGUAAAAGAAAUUCUACGGAAUCCGAUAAUGAAUAACAAGCUACGGUAUUUCGUAAUGAAUAGCCGGCCAUUGGAUCUCGAAAGGGAAAGAAGAUUUGAAGACAAGAAUUUGACAUAUUCGAUUGAGAAAUUUAGUGAGAAUGUGACGAAGGAGGAGAUCAGAGCCGCUGCUCGUUUAGCCUUCGACAAAUGGGAAGAAGUGACUCCUCUGCAAUUUCACGAGGUUCCAUCAAAUGGGAAACUUAAACCCAGCUUCGAGAUAGGCGUUCACAGACGACCCGGUUAUUUAUGUGAUCCAUUUGAUGCUGAUGGUAUGCUUAGCUUUGUAGCCCGUCUAUGCCCAUACCCCGAGAAACUCGGUCUUGUUCAUUUCAAUGAUGAGAAGCAAUGGACCUUUCGGAACCAGAGACAGAUUGUAAGCGGCUUCCUCGACCUGAUCGCCAUUGCAGUACACGAGAUCGGUCAUGCCAUCGGGCUCGAUCAUUUGCCAAAUCCCGAUGCAAUCAUGUAUCAACUCUAUGAUACGGAAAUCAGACGUAACAAGAAAUACGUUGAACCAAAGUUACAUCAGGAUGACAUUGACGCUGCUCAAAAAGUUCAUGGGAGUAAAACAAUCACAACUACAGCGGAUGCAGCCACUGCAGCUACAGUAGUCACAAAAAUUGCUACUCCUUCUACUCGAGCCGAAACAACUAAAGCCCCAAUGAACCGAUCCGAUCGGAAAACCCUCUCACUGAGCCGAAAACUCUCAUCGACUUCUUGCCCAACAAAAAUUGAUAAUUUCUUUGCAGUAGCAGACCAGGAAUUUAUUGUUGAUGGAGCACAUCUUUUUCAGCUAGAUCAUUGGAGGAUUGAAAAGGUUUUGCCGAUUUACAAAGUUUUCCCCAAAAUCCCCCAAAAUAUUGAUGCUAUCGUUUUUGAGCCAAUCAACAGGAAAGUAAUCUUUUUCGCGAGAACUGAGAACGGUUCUUAUGCUUAUAUCUACUUCUUCAGUCUAUUUUCCAAUGAAUAUUUGAGAGAAUAUGUGCGAUUAGUGCGUGGCUAUCCGACUAAUGUCACUGGAGCUAUUCAGACUCCGAAUGGAAAGAUUUUGCUCGUUGAUCAAAACAGCAAUUUAUUCAAACUCGAUGUGAUCACAUUCAAUGUGACCGUUUAUCAGGGAAAAGAUUUUCGAUCGUUUCCACGAAAUGUCAGGGGAGCUUUUCAACUCACCGAUGAAAUCUAUCUUUUGAUGAAACCCCGAGAAUUCAUCGUUUACAAUCGAGUGACAACCGAUGCCGAAGGGAAUUCCACCAUAGAACUGAUGUGU